GUCAGCCCGACAUCAACCCUGGAUAGAGCAUCUCUAAACAGCGAGAACAGCAGCUCAGGACUUCCGACGGCAGACAUAAGCGCUAUGUUCGUCUCAAUUUCCAGUGUGGAAUAAAGGGGACAAAUUGUUUAUAUGGGAAGCAGUUUUUCAUCCUAAACACCAAGCUUCCAAAGACCUGGAUCCAUCUCAUGUUCCUGGCUGUCCAGGUAUGAAGUCAUAGAGAGGCCUGUUGUAAGUUUUUCGGUAUCGGAAGUAGAGGAUUACCUUAUAUGGAAAAUGCUUAAAAUAGCACAUGACGUAUUGCAAAGGUUAUACGAUCUACGCACACUUCUGGAGAAAUGACCCGGAAACUGAUGCUUUCUGUCACGGAAAGCUCACGAGAGAGAUUCGAUUCGAUUUUCUUGAGAUUGAAACUGAGAUUUAAGCUUGCUUAGAUAUCAUCGCUGACCAAACUUUAAAUCAAAAUACUACUCGCGCCUUUUUUUUGAAUAUAAUUGUGACUGAAUUAAGUUCCUAGAAUUAUUUAUCGCGUUUUCGCUUGUAUUGUGAAUCGUCAUUUGAUUUCGCGACUUUAUUUAAAACAAAACCAGCAGUAUUUGUCAAUAUUUUCUUUUCUGUCGAGAUGCACAUCCAGGUCGAGGAGCGUGUGUUUUCUUCCAUUGCAGAUUCAAGUGGAUGUCUUGGUAGUGCGCUUGUGGCAGGUGAUUCCAACGUACAUCGUAUCCAAGCAGCGAUUCUAAAUUGGUCCACUAUUCGAUGCCUCCCAGUAUCAGGAGCCAAGUUUGUGAAUGACAAGAAGGGAUUUGUGGCAGUUCUGCAGCUUUCAUUGAAGAAGGAGUUUUACCCAUGUGUCUAUAUUCAUCUUGGCUCCAAUGAUGUUCAAGCCAGAGAGGAUGUGUUUUAUAGGAGAGUCACUGAGGUAUGUGAUAGUAUCCACGAGACGAGUCCGGAAACUGAGAUUGUUUUAUGUUCUAUUCUGCCACGAAAAAAGAAUGACAGACGAGUAUCUUCAACAUUAGCGAGAGUCUUCAACAGAUGGAUCCAGAAUGCUAACACCAUGCUAAUGGACAUUUCAGAGGCCAUCCCAUACAUCAGAUUCCUUGGAUAUGGAGCUCAGGAAUGUGCUGAUGUGUUGGGUCGUGAUGGACUUCAUCUGAGUCGUGUUGGUGGUAGACAUUGUAGUCAGGUGAUUGAGGAGGAUGUGUAUUCCUGGAGUGAAAUAGCCUAUCAGCAGGAUGUACAUUGGAAUGAAGACAUACGCCAACCACAUUCAGCAGAGAUUGAUGCAUCAAGCUUUGACCAGUGCCUGGCAGCUGCUGUUGAACCAGUCAGUGACCAGAAUGUCCAGGCCAGCAAGCAGCCUCUGUACUCGGAAAUAGUCCGUUUGCCAGCAGGUGAAGUUCCAGAUGUUACCUCAGUGCAGCAUAAUGUGAAGUUACCAAGGCGCAAUGUAUUGAAGGUUGAUGAAUGUGCUAGAUCAGCCAGACCAUGUAACCACAGAUCAAACAAACAUCGAAGGGCAAGGCGAAGAAAAUUUACGCAACACAGACAGCUGAAAGUUCAAAGAUCUGAGCAGUAUAAAGAUCACGUUGAAAUUCCGUUGACAUCUGAUGUAACGGUAAAGGUGAAGGCAGACAAUGUACAUAGCAUCUGGAUGUGCCCGAAAGAAGACGCCAUUACCACAAAGAAGUGCCUACCUGUCUGCUCUACAAUGACUGGAGUUAAGAAGAUAAACAAGCAGACAUGGUUUGACUGCCCCCUAUGCCCAGUGAAGUGUUCUAGAGAAGAUUUCCUACUGGACCAUUUCUGUCGACGCCAUGUACCUGGAGGGACCAAAUACAAGAAGAACACUGACAAUUCUUUCUGUCAUCGGAAAUCAACGAAGAGCAGCAGAAGUCAGCCAAACUCGAAGAGCACCAUUUCAACAUCCAGCCUGAACCCUGUAGAAAAAACUUCACCUCCCCAUCAAGAUGAAUUGGAUAUCGCAGAUUACGCCGAUUUCUCCAAAUUAAAAUUACUAUUAUCAAAUGAUGUUGAGCAAAAUCCUGGACCUUUGUAGAAUGCAUCCUUUUGAAGGGCAAGACUUGUGUUCGACUCCCAGCAGUGGCAACAUUAUGUGCAAUUUUGAAUAUUGUCAGUAUGUUUACCAGGGAAGCAGUUCAUCUUUACACUUUGCAAAUAUAACCUAGUGAAAAAAUCCAUUUGGUGUUAAGUUUUAGCUACACGAAGAAACUUACGCAUCGAGGGAAGAUCAGCUCAAGAUCCAAUCUUUGCAAACGUUCAUGACCAGGAUGCCUUGCUUCAGGAGCUCCAUGGUGACCGAUACUUUGAUGUGUUCGAGUUUAACGCCCCUCGCAAGUACUGGGCCUGCUUCAUGUGUAACCACCCGAAGAAAAUGUCUGAGCUGAUGCCUGAUGGAAGUCCAGUCAUUGCUGGUCAGUUGAAGGAGAAGAAAGGGCGCUGGAAGUUUCUGAAGCGGUGGAAGACCCGAUACUUUACUCUCUCCGGCAGCCAGAUAACCUACAGCAAAAGUGAUUCG